AUGGAGCAGGAGCUGUGGACCGGCGGCGGCGGCAACCUCAGGGCGCACAGCUCUGUCUGCUUCUCUCGCGCGCUCAUCGACGGCCCGCGCAUCCAGCAGCUGCUCCUCCACUGCGCCGCGGCGCUCGAGUCCAACGACGCCACGCUGGCGCAGCAGGCCAUGUGGGUGCUCAACAACAUCGCCUUCUCGCAGGGGGACCCCAGCCAGCGCCUCACGUCGUGGCUGCUCCGCGCGCUGGUCGCGCGCGCGUGCCGCCUGUGCGUCCCGGCCGGCGCUGCCCAGGCCGCCGCCGCCAGUGCGCCCGCGCCGCGGGAGCGGGCCAUGUCGGUCACGGAGCUCGCCGAGUAUGUCGACCUCACGCCGUGGCACCGCUUCGGCUUCACGGCCUCCAACGGCGCCAUCCUCCGGGCGGUGGCGGGCAGCGCCGCGGUGCACGUCGUCGACCUCAGCCUCGGCGUGUCGGACGAGGAGAUCGGCCUCCGCCUGGCCAACUUCGCCAAGUCCAAAGGCGUGCAGCUGGAGUUCAGCGUCGUCAAGUGCGGGAGCCCGAGCCCAAGCCCGACGUCGUCGCCUCCAAAGAAGCAGGUGGCGCUCUGCCAAGACCUCGCGUCCGUGCUGUCCGACCGGCAGUCGCUGGGGCUACGGGACGGCGAGGCGCUCGUCGUCAACUGCCAGAGCUGGCUCCGCCACGUCGCGCCGGGUUCCAGGGACGCGUUCCUCGACGCCGUCCGCGCGCUGAACCCGUGCCUGGUCACCGUGACCGACGAGGACGCGGACCUGGACUCACCGAGCCUGGCCACCCGCAUUGCGGGCUGCUUUGACUUCCACUGGAUCCUGUUCGACGCCCUGGACACGUCGGCGCCCAGGGACAGCCCGCGGCGGGUUGAGCACGAGGCGGCCGUGGGCUGGAAGAUCGAGAGCGUCGUCGGGGCCGACGACGCCGACGGAGCGGAGCGCUCCGAGUCCGGCGCGAGGCUCGCCGAGCGGAUGCGGAGGAACGGGUUCGCGAGCGUCGGGUUCGACGAGGAGGCGGCGGGCGAGGUGAGGCGCCUUCUGAGCGAGCACGCGACCGGGUGGGGCGUGAAGCGGGAGGAGGACAUGCUUGUGCUCACCUGGAAGGGCCAUGGCGCCGUGUACACCGGCGCCUGGACGCCCAACUAA